UGGGCUCCCCUAGUGCCGCUGCGGGAGUGACCUUGAGCUGCCCCGGAAGCGAACCUCUGCGCUCGCUUCCGCGUCCGCCUGGGGUCCCCCAGCGCACCCCCACUUCUCCGGCCUCAAUCCUGGGGCGGGACGAGGAGGUCGCAGCAUCCUCCGCCCGUUCGGCGCGAGAGAACCCUGCGAGGCCAGGCCGGGGGAGGGGGUGCCGGGGCUCCGCUCGGGAGCCGCUCCGGUAGCGCCGGGACCGGUCUAGAAGCGAAGCCCGCGUCCGGAAGCACGGCUGACCUCCUCCUUCCGGGGCGUUUUCGAGGCCCUUUUAGAGGGCCAAGGCGGGGCCUAGAGACGACGCCCCUUUAAGGUCAAAGAUUGCUUUGUUUCUCGAGCCCGCCCGCCUCGAGUGUGCAGCCCGUGCGCGGCCAAGAUGGCUGUGGCCAUAGCCGUGGUCCGGGCGGGCUGGCGCUACGCGAGGCCGGUGGGCUGGAAGCCGGGCGGCGGCCCGGGCCAAAGCCGGGCCGGGCUCUCCGGGGCGGCGAGUCGGUGGCCCGGGGCGGCGUCCAAGGGGGCCCCGAGACUGCUGGGGGUGGCGGCAUUGGCCCUUGGGGGCGUCUUGGGGAUCGGCCACACGGUGUGGGGCCGUCUGAAGUCCCAGGAGCAGCUGGCCAAGCAGGCGGUCCCCGAGCUUGCCGAGGGCCGUCUGCAGCUGACUCUGUACCAGUACAAGACUUGCCCCUUCUGCAGCAAGGUCCGAGCCUUCCUGGACUUCCAUGCUUUGCCGUAUGAGGUAGUGGAGGUAAACCCUGUCAGGAGACAGGAGAUCAAAUUCUCCUCCUACAGAAAGGUUCCUAUCCUACUUGCUCAGGAAGGAGAAUUACUACAGCAACUUAACGACUCCUCCGUGAUCAUUAGCGCUCUCAAGACGUACCUGUUGUCUGGGAAGAACUUGGAGGAAAUCAUCUCCUAUUACCCACCCAUGAAGGCAGUGAAUGACCAGGGGAAAGAGGUGACUGAGUUUAACAAUAAAUAUUGGCUCAUGCUGAAUGAGAAGGAGAGCCGGCGGCUAUACAGCGGGAAGGAAGCUCGAACGGAGGAAAUGAAGUGGCGGCAGUGGGCGGACGACCGACUGGUGCACCUCAUCUCGCCCAAUGUCUACCGCACCCCCGCGGAAGCCCUGGCUUCCUUUGAUUACAUCGUCCAUGAAGGCAAGUUCGGAGCCAUAGAAGGAGCGGUGGCCAAGUAUGUGGGCGCGGCCGCCAUGUUCAUCAUCAGCAAGAGACUCAAGAGCAGGUACCACAUGCAAGACGACGUCCGAGAGGAUCUGUACCAGGCAGCAAACCAGUGGGUGGCAGCUGUCGGCAAAGACAGGCCCUUCAUGGGGGGCAAGGAGCCCAACCUUGCGGACUUGGCAGUGUAUGGUGUGCUGCGUGUGAUGGAGGGCCUGGAGGCCUUCGAGGACAUGAUGUGUCAUACUCAGAUUGGGCCCUGGUACCUUCGGGUGGAGAAAGCUAUUGCUAAAGCACAAGGAAAUUACUGACUCUCUUUUGCUUCCCUUCUGGGGAGGGCUGUUUCUGAGGAACCUGUGGAUUCUAGAGCCAUGGGCUUGCUGGCGAGCAGGGGCGAUGUGAAGGGCUCCCUGCCUCAACCGUCUCCCCACGCUCUAACCCUGAGCCACCCAUUUCUGGUCUUGGGCAGGCUGUUAGAGGCCUGGCCCAGCGAGCUGCAAAAGGAGAGAGUCUUUUCUGGCUGCCCCUGACCCCAGGGAGGGUGAGACCCCUCUCAGAGCUCCUGGACUUUCACUAUUUAUUUCUGGUCUUCCUUAAGGGUCUCACUGAUCUUCUGGACUCUAGAGUGUCUGGGAGGGAAGGAGCAGGUGAGGGCCCUGGAACUCUGUGGGAGAAGCAAUAGGAGUGUGAGGACAUUUUUCUGAGAAGGUCCAGGGUCCCUGGAUGGGAGCCACGUGUUCCCUGUGGCCCAGGUCUCCUUAGCUUCACUCGGAGGGCCUUGGAGAAGAGGCUGCCUCAGCUAUGAGUCAUGUCUGCAAUAAAGAAAUGAUUUGCUGUUCCAA